UUUUUUUUUUUUANUUUCUUUUCUCCCAUUCUCAUUUGAUUCCUAAUCAUUGUUAAAGAAAUAGUAGAUUUGCACUUUCUGAUUUUCUGAAAGGCCAUCUUUUGUAAAAUUAAAAAAAUAAAUUUGAGAUUGAAGAAGGAAAUGAGCAGGACUACGGCGGCGCGUACGAGGACUCGCGUGGGCAAGUAUGAGCUGGGUAGAACCCUGGGCGAAGGCACCUUCGCCAAGGUUAAGUUUGCGACUAAUACUCAAACCGGUGACCAUGUCGCCAUUAAAAUCAUUGACCGUGAUCGAGUCCUCCGUCACAAGAUGGUUGAGCAGAUAAAACGGGAGAUAUCGACGAUGAAGAUGAUCAAACAUCCGAAUGUCUUAAGUUUAUUUGAGGUAAUUGCGAGUAAAACCAAGAUCUACAUUGUUCUCGAAUACGUCGAUGGAGGCGAACUCUUUGACAAAAUUGCUAAAUAUGGGAAACUUAAAGAAGAUGCUGCUCGGAGAUACUUUCAACAGCUCAUCAAUGCUGUUGACUACUGCCAUAGUAGAGGCGUAUACCACCGAGACUUGAAGGUCGAGCGAGAAGUUCCAGAGAAUCUGUUGCUGGACUCGUAUGGUGUCCUUAAAGUUUCAGAUUUUGGAUUGAGUGCAUUCUCGAAGCAAGUCAGGGACGAUGGGCUUCUUCACACUGCUUGCGGCACACCGAACUACGUAGCUCCUGAGGUUCUCACGGAUAAAGGUUAUGAUGGUACAGCAUCAGAUGUGUGGUCUUGUGGGGUUAUUCUUUUUGUUCUAAUGGCUGGCUACUUGCCUUUUGAUGAACCCAACCUCAUGGCUUUAUAUAGAAAGAUUCAAAAGGCAGAUUUCUCAUUUCCUUUGUGGUUCUCAUCCAGUGCAAAAAAGCUGAUUAAGCGUAUUCUGGAUCCAAAUCCUCUUACUAGAAUUACAAUUCCUGAAAUUCUGGAAAAUGAAUGGUUCAAGAAAGAUUACAAACCACCUCAGUUUGAGCAGGAAGAGGGUGUUAAUCUUGAAGAUGUUGAUGCUGUCUUUAAUGACUCUGACGAACAUCUUGUAACAGAAAGGAAAGAGAAACCAGUGUCCAUGAAUGCCUUUGAGCUUAUUUCUAGGUCUCAGGGUUUUAGCCUUGAAAAUCUGUUCGACAAACAGAUGGUAGAGGAAAAAACUUGGAUUCAAACUAUGCAGGGUCCUGUAAAGAAGGAAACAUCCUUUACAUCCAAGUGCCCUGCGAACGAGAUCAUGUCGAAAAUCGAGGAGGCUGCUAAGCCCAUGGGUUUUAAUGUUCACAAAAGAAACUAUAAGAUGAAGUUACAAGGAGAUAAGACUGGGAGAAAAGGUCAACUUGCUGUAGCCACAGAGGUUUUCGAGGUGGCUCCUUCACUGCACAUGGUGGAGCUACGUAAAACUGGUGGUGACACCCUGGAAUUCCAUAAGUUCUAUAAGACCUUCGCAUCAGGACUUAAAGAUGUCGUCUGGACUGCAGAGUCGAAUGAAGACAAGACAAAGUGAGACUGCUGCUUUUGUAUGAACUUAGUAUACUUAGAAUUGCAUUAAAAUGCGUUUUUUAUACCGCCAUUUUUUAUUUAUUCGGCAGAUCUUGAAGGGUGAUGGCUAGUUACACAUUCGUGAUGGCGGAGCUAUUUUAUGUAUGUGUUAAUUAAAUAUCAUCAAUGAUUUGUUGGGUGGGUGGGUAUAGAAGAAUGAAAAGGUAGAUAAAUUGUAUCAUGAGAUGUUGAAUAUAAAGGACAAGUACCGAGUUCAUUGGACAUGUCUUUGCCGGUUUCUUAGUCUUAUAGCUUGGUUUAUUUUUUAUCUUCUCUAGUUCGCUUGCUUAAGCGAUCUCCCAUUCUGCAAACAUGUAACUUGGCUUGUACUCCGUAUUCUUUUGUCCUGUGGCUUAUAAUAUUCUACCGUUUCGAAAAAAAAAAAAAAAAAUCUUGAAUAUAAGGUACUAGGUUUAAGAGCGUGAUUCGAUAUGAGUUAUAACUGGUUAUGACGAGUUGAGUUAUUUCAUAUCCACAAUCUAAGUUUGAUAUAAAUUUGAUUAGUCUUUCAUGAUUUGAUAUAAUCUCGUUUUUUAUCUUAGAUUGACAUAUCGUAUUUAUUUUGAAUUUAUGUCCAAAAAAUGUUGAUUAGUCCUUCAUGCUUUUGUAUGACAU